UCAGUCUGGGACGUCGGAGUUAGCUACCACUAGAUAUCUAAUCCCCUUCCCCGCGUCUCUGUUUGGGAAACGGACCCAUGACACGGCAGAUUUGAUCUCAGGAGGUGAUCCCGGGUUCCCCAGGAGUCAGAAUCUCACUUCGGGUCACUUUCCUCCUUCCCUUCCCCUCCUCCCCCUUCCACCCAUCAAAGCGCUGGUUGCCAUGGAGAACUCAUCUGUGGCGUCCGCUUCAUCUGAGGCUGGGAGCACGCGCUCACAGGAGAUCGAAGAGCUGGAGCGCUUCAUCGACAGCUAUGUGCUGGAGUACCAGGUGCAGGGGCUUCUGGGAGACAAGGCAGAUGGAGACUUGGACUUGGACAAUGGUGGCAAGGUACCACAGUGGACAGAUGACUGUAACAACAAGAAAGAUGGCAGCUGGACAUCUUCACGGGGGAGAGGCUCAUUCAAGCCAGACGAGUGGGAACACAGCAGUAACGGCAGUACAGGUUCCAGGCCCAGUUCAGGUUCUCGACCGGGAUCUGGCUCACGCUCCGGCAGCAGAGGCAGAAACAACCAGUUCAAAGGCCCUGCCAAGGUACAGAACGGGAACAGAGAUGGCUCCUUUGACAUCCUGGGGACAGACAUAUGGGCUGCCAACACAAUGGACUCACACGGGGGUGCAGGGUGGGACGUGCAGCCAGAGAAACUGGACUUCAGCCAUUUCCACAGGAAACACUUAAGAGGAACGCCAAAGCACCUGCCACACAUUGACAGAGAGGGGAUGAACAAGAACAAAUUUGAGGAAGAUGACGGCAUAGACAUGAAUGAAAUAGAAAGGUUCCUACCCCAUCUGCGCUCUGUCUUCCCACCCCUUCCUAAUGACGCCGAGAUCGCACACACCAAAAAGCUCUUCCGACGCAGGAGGAAUGACCGACGAGCGGUUGAUCAGUUCACCCGAGACCAGUUAACCAUUCUUCUGCCUACUGGCCCUGGGGGAAAGCGGCAAGUCUCAGCCAGGAGACAGCAGCGGCCUCAGGGAGGAGGAGGUGGAGGAGGAGGAGGCAGCGGAGGGAAGAACCAACCUCAGCUGAUACAACAACAGUCACCACAGCACCAGCGGGAUCAAACCCAACAACAUUCUCCAAACCAACAGCAGCAGAAUUUCACAGAACUGGGAGACAACAGAAACAGCAGUGCUGGUCGGCCGCCUCGCCAGUAUCAAGGAGGACAUGGGCAGCGCCAAGGAGGACCGCCACACCACGGGUAUAGCCAGAACCGGCGUUGGCACCACAAUCAGAAAGGUCAGGGGCACGGACAGACAAACACUGCAGGUGAUAAAGGAGUACCCCCAAGAACAACCAAAGACAAAGAGACUGAGAAUGUAAAACCGGGUGACGAGCAGCUCAGACCACCUCAAGACUUCGGCGGCAAGAGUCCCAGUGAGUCACCCCAGUCUGAGUCGACACCCACUACAAACGCUUUCCCAGAUGUGACAGUUAAUAAGGAAUCUCCCAACCCACCAGGAAGUGGAAAAGCAAGCGAGGGCCAGUCGGAGCAGCCCAAAAUCAGCUUGCUACAGUCAUCAAAGGAGAGGCUGAGGAGGAGACUAAAGGACAAGGAGGAGGCACGUGUGGAGGCGUCGGGCUCCGGAUCACAGAGCAUGGACCGGCUGGUGGACCUUCUCAACAGCAUGAGGAGCAACAGCAGUGGGGUGGAGCAGCAGCUGGCCUCCUUCAUGGAGGAGGCUCAGUGUUCGGCACGUUCCGAGGAGACCCUGGCUCAGGUGGUCAGCACCAUCUACUCCAAGGCCGUGUCAGACAGGAGCUUCGCGGCCACGGCCGCCAAGCUCUGCGACAAGAUGGCGCUGUUCAUGGUGGACGGGACCAAGUUCAGAUCGCUGCUCCUCAACAUGCUGCAGAGGGACUUCUCCGGCCGAGAGGAGCUCCAGCAGUCAGAUGUGGAGAGGUGGUUAGGUUUCAUCACCUUCUUGUGUGAGGUAUUUGGUACCAUGAGGAGCAGCUCCGGGGAGCCGUUCAGGGUGCUGGUGUGUCCCAUCUACACCUGCCUACGAGAGCUGUUGGAGUCCACAGAUGUUAAGGAAGAUGCAGUCCUCUGCUGUUCCAUGGAGUUGCAGAGCAUGGGGCGCCUCCUGGAGGAGCAGCUCCCAGAGAUGAUGACAGAGCUCCUAGCGGCCGUCAGGGACAAGAUGCUUUGUCCGGCCGAAUCCCAGCUGACCCGCUCUCUCCUCAUGGAGGUCAUCGAGCUGCAUGCACACCGCUGGAGCCCCCUGGAGGCUCUCACCACCCAAUACUACAACCGUACCAUCCAAAAGCUCACCACCACUGCCUAGGUGCCAGCUGCCCCUGGAGGAGAGGAGACAAGCCCCCCCCCGACGCCCAGAGGAAACAUUUUCCAGUCGAGCAUCAAUCUGCUCUUCUAGUUAAACCAAAACACAGGAAUUUAACAAUCACGUCACUCUCCUCCCUAAAUAAGCCCGUGCUUUACGUGGUUGUUUAUCUGUACAUUUUGAUAAUUUCUCCAUGAUCGGUGACCACUGCCACAAACAAACCAGACACUACCCACUAAACAGGCAGCCACUGAGGCAACACUACAUGUGGCGUUCAAAUAACGAGAAGCAUUUGACACGUAUUUGAAAAAACGGUAACGUAUAUAUGGCCAGUAGGGGCGUGCUUGGCCACACAGUGCGGGGGCUCGCCUGGCUGUGGCUGCUGAGGGAUAAAGGAGGGGUCACGCAGGGGAGAGGAGGCGAGGGCAGCAGCCUGCCCGUAGGGAAUAGAGAGAUCCGUACCCAAAGCUGAAUGGAGGACGGGGGGUCAGGGUAGUUCGUGUCAGUCUCUUCAUUGUGUUCAUUUGCCCACCACCCUCCCCUGCUGUCUGUCUCUUUCUCCUCCCCCUCUUCUGUCUCUCCGUCAGCCCCUGGGGUCUGUGUGGCUGAUAAAAGAGAGAGGAGGAGGAGGAGGAGGCGGCAGGGAGUAGACACGAUGCUGUCUGUCUGGGCCGUCUGCCCCGCCGGGCCAGGGACCAGGUCAAAGGGCCUCGCUGUGGCGCUCCCCAGCUCCCACAGCUCCUCCCUGCCUUUGUCUCCGCGGCUCCCCACCACCACCACACACCCCAGCAGGAUGCCUUUUUGUGGGGAUGAGACAGCGGGCCUGCUGGGCCGGGCUGGACUAAGGAUAAGGAUCAGGCUGGCUAGAGUAGGGUGGCAGAUGGCUGCUUGAGCCCAUGUGAGGCGACACACUCCUAACACACCCCUCUGGCACCCCAGCUCCCUGCUCCCCGAGCACGGGCCAGUGUCAGCAGCAGACACAGAAGGAAUAUGGGGGGGGGGGGCGCAGCAUUAGAAAAACAUUAAAACAGAAACUGCUGUCUGAUAAUUCUUUUGUUUUUGUCCUGCAGGGGAAUGUCUCUUCUCCUCUGUUAAGCCGUGCAUGUCCACGCUUUGUUAACCACAUCAGUGAUAAUAUUAUAUUAUUUUUUUAAUCAGUUAGUGUUUUUAUUGUUGUUAUUUUGAAGUCUUGUUUUUAUGGUAAAAUGUAUGUAUGAGGUAUUAGAGGUAGGCCUUAUUGCACAGGUUUGAAUUGUUUUGCACUGUUUUGAGGAGAUUUUGCUUUAAAGUUUUAAAAAAGGAAGCAAAGUUUGAAUUUGAAUCAGUGCUUGAGGAUUAAUAUUAAAACUCUCAGUAGUGAGAGAAAUGGGUUGAGCAUAGUGAGGGAUUUUAGGAUGUUUUAAUGGACUGGUGGCCUUGUCAAUUAUCCUUUUUAUAGGCGCUCUCGUUUCGAGGCCUGUGGCAGCAGAGGGCUAACUGAGGACUGAACACUUGGACUUCACAUCAUUCUGUUGCUGAAGAAAAAAAAAACACAUUUGAAGAGGGGAAAACAGAAAGCGAUGUGACGACAAAAAAAAAAAAAAGAGAAAAGCAUGGCACACAGAGAAACAGAAGUGAAAUGCUUCAUUAAAAAUUUCUCCUACUCAA